AUGAGUUCCGUCAAUGGUGACACGCGUAGCGGAGCUCCUGUGUGUCUUGUCACAGGAGGGGCAUCUGGCAUGGGACUUGCCGUGGUUGAGCAUCUCCUGAAACUCGGCUGGAAUGUAGCUAUCGUCGACUACAACGAAGAAACCGGGCAAGCCGUGGCAAAAUCAUGCGGGCCCCAGGCUGUUUUCAUCAAGGCAAACGUGGCAGACUAUGAAGAGAUAGCCGCCGCAUUUGCUCGAACUUGGAAAGAGUGGAAACGCCUUGACGCAGUCUAUGGUAAUGCUGGUAUCGGCGACCGGAUCAGCUUCUACGCCCAGCAGGAAGAUCGAGAGGACGGCACGCCCCCAAAACCCAAUACUGCUGUGAUUGAUAUUGAUCUCUAUGGACCAAUCUACUGUGCCUGGCUAGCAUUUCACUAUUUCCGCAAGAAUCCAGACAAAGCCGGCAAACUCAUCUUCACAUCCAGCAUGGCUGGAAUCUAUACCGGAAGUACAGUUCCGUUGUAUUCGGCUGCAAAAUCUGGAGUCGUCGGACUGACGAGGUCCUUAGGCCAACGGCUCAAAGAAAUCGGAGAGCCUAUCACUGUGAAUUGCAUAUGCCCAGGUCUUGUCCACACGGCCUUGACGAAGAUCUACUCCUUCACAUGCCCAGAAGAAUAUGUCACCCCUGCUUCCACCAUUGUCAAGGCUUUCAUGAGUUUUAUUGACGAUAGUAGCUUAACCGGGCAGGCGGCUGAAUGCAGCGGCGAAAACAUUCAUUACAGGCAGAGACCAGAGUUCAGUGAUAACAAGGCAGCUUUCAUCUGCGGCGGUGGAUUAGGUGAAGCCAUGGCUAAGCUGAAUGUUAAACUCUACUGA